AUGCCCGCCCUCGUUGACUACCACUUCUACCACAUCAUCUGGCAUUACAUCCAGCGGUUCAAAGCCAUUGCCAUCUUCGCUCGAUCAUGCCCCGAGGACUUGGAGCGCACGAUCUCACACGUCACGGUCCUCUGCUUGGACAAGCACUUGGAGUCCUUUGGGAAGGUUUUUGAUUACGUGAUGUCCAGUGCAUCUUACGUCGGAUUGCCCAUGAGGGCUUGCCAAGCGCAGCCGCAGGAGGCAAGGCGGUUGGCAUUGAGGGAUGCACUGGAGGCGGCGGAGAAGCCCCCGAACUUCAAGGGAUGGCUCUUUCCUGGGGCUAUCAAGUCGGCAUUUGGGGAGUAUUCGUUGCCACCUAGCCUCAGAGGAAAUGGACUUGAACGAAGGGUGAUAGUGGUGUUAGUAUACGUCAGGGAGGCCACAACUCCUAUCUCCCUGCCUCUGGUCGUCGAGGUAGAGGUGGGUAGGUUGCGGCUCUAUUUCCAGCAGCCGAUCACCGCCCAGGUCUUCUACGGCCUCUGCUGGUGGAGGAAUCUGUCCCUGCGGUACCGUCCCCAGGUGUUCAAUAUGUUCAACCUCGAACUCAAAACCUGGAAACGUGUCCCGGCCUCAACUCAUCAGGACAACAUGAUUUAUCUUCCCCUUCCCCUUCGCCACUUUCCCAUCUUCAAGCCGUCGUCGAUCGUGACCAUGCCACAUCCCGAGCAGUUUGCGCGCGGCGGUAGGGGUUUCAGGGCUAUUUGCUUGAUGAAGGUCGAGUUCAUCCCCCACAUCAAGCUCUUGUGGCCGCGUGGCCUGAAACACCCUCCAUUGUACAUUAAGGCGAAGUGGUCGGUAGGUCGUGAUGAUGAUGGGAUCAUCGCGACCUGCCCUGGGUUCAGUGAGGAAGGGCAUGAGAUCUGGGAGGUUGACCCAGGGCUGGAGGAUGCAGAUGCGGCUGCGGCUGCUUGA